GAAAGAAACAAAACAAGCGGAGACUCUUUCUCCCCAUAAGACCAAAACAAAGUUAAGUUGUUAAUUGAUUCGUCAAUGGCAAAGAAAGCGCUUUUGAUCGGAAUCACCUACCCUGGAACCGCCGUCGAGCUAGGUGGCUGCGUCAACGACGUCCGUCGGAUGCAGAAAUGCCUUAUCGACCGUUACAGAUUUUCUAACAAGGACAUAAGAGUGCUGAUCGACACGGACAAAUCCAGCGUCAAUCCCACCGGCAAGAACAUCCGCGACGCUCUCAAGAAACUCAUCGCUGAAGGGGAGUCCGGUGAUGUUUUGGUGUUUCAUUACAGUGGACAUGGCACGAGACUCCCAACAGAGCAAGGGUUGUUCGACGCUACAAAUUAUGACGAGUGCAUCACUCCUUGCGAUCUGAAUCUGAUCAUGGACAAUGAGUUUAGAGACAUGGUGGCAGAAGUAAAAGAAGGAUGUCUCUUGACGAUAAUCUCGGCCUCUUGUCAUAGUGGUGGUCUCAUAGAGGAAGCAAAGGAACAGAUCAGGGAGAGCCACGUGAAUAAGCCUAAAUCUGGCGUCCUUAACUUCUUAGCUAGCAUUGUGAGGAGUUUUCUAACGACUUGUGGAAUCUCGAACGAUCCUCAUAGAGAGAGUGGAGGGGGCCACGAUAGUUUCACUAGAGAGACAGAGUUAGAGGACGGUGAGACGGUCGAUAUAAAAACAAGAUAUCUACCUCUAAAUAGCUAUAUAAGUCUUCUCAAGGAACAAACGGGUCAAACCGAUAUCAAUCAUGAGAAAAUCAGAGAGACACUUGUUAAAGUAUUUAGAGAAGACUCGAGUCCGAAUGUGAUGCUCUCCAAUUCAAUGAAAAGAAAUGGUCACAGAGGAUUGAUAAGUAUGUUUUUGGGAAAGCGCGAGGUUAAUGCAAAUGGUGCAAGAUCUGAAGUUAAAAGCAAGCUUCCGAACAACGGUAUUUUGUUAAGUGGAUGUCAAACGGAUCAAAGAUCAGAGGAUGUUUACGUGACAAGAACUGGAAAAGCGUAUGGAGCAUUCAGUGACGCGAUUCAGACAAUAUUGUCGGGGACGAGAAAAGAGAUAGCAAACAUGGAGAUGAUUUUGAGUAGCAAACAAGGAGAUGAUUUUGAGAGCUAGAGAGAUUCUCAAGAGACAGAAUUUUAGUCAACGGCCAGGUUUGUAUUGUCAUGACCGUCAUGUUAAUAAAUCGUUUAUCUGCUACACA